CGCCAUUUUCUCUUUCUCUUUCUAGGGUUUUUGAAAUCACUACUUACUUGUUCGAUCGAUUUCAAGCUCCGCGAUAGAUUCGACGGGUUCCUAAUUCGAAAAUGUGGUCGAAGCUUCCUUUCGUCUAGGGUUUUGAUUUCAUUACACGCAAAGAACUAACCUUUUUUAUAGAUUGAGCUAGAGAUGGGAGACUCAGAAAGCGCGCAGCCACCUUCUAAAAAGAGAGGUGCUUUGAAGCAGCUCUCUCGUGAGAAUCCAGAUGAUGAUGAUGUUGAUACUGCUGAACUUGAGAGUGGGACUUUCAAGAAAGCCAGCGAUGAGGUUUUGGCUAGUAGGAGAAUCGUCAGAAUCAAGCGCAAAGAGCCUUCUGCUGCGCCUCCCACAGCAACAACCAAUCCCUUUGCUGGAAUUCAACUGCUCCCUGCUACUACUACUACUACUACUACUGCACCUGCUUCAGCCACUGUGGCUGAGUCUAAGUUGGCUCCAGCUGAAGCUGUAGUUGAGGACGAUCAAAAGACUAAUGAUACUGAAGAGGACGGUGAAGAAGUUGAGAGUAAGAAGAUUGAUGAUGUCAAAGACUCUGCUGAGGAAGAGACUAAAGAUGAGAAUCAGUGUGUAAAGACAUCUGAUGACCAAACUACUCAUGAUGAUGUAGACAAGACUGUCCAAGGAACAGACCAAACUGUGGAUCUUCCUGAUAAGGAAUCAGGUGGUGAUCAAACUGAUGGAAAGGAAAAAGAAGGUGAUGAAGCAGACAAGAACGGUGAUAAUAAUGGCUCUUUGAGUUCGUUCCAACAGCAUUCAAGUAGCAAAAACGCAUUCACCGGACUCGCCACUACAGAGUCUUCUGCUCCUAAGUUCUCAUUUGGUGAUGGGUCUGGAUCUCCCUUUGGUUUUGGCCUUCCAAGCAGCAACAGCCCUUCUCUUUUCGGUGCUUCCCUUACCAAGAAGAGUGAAGGCAGUGGGUUUCCUCCAAAGCAAGAGGUUUCAGUAGAAACAGGAGAAGAGAACGAGGAAGCUGCCUUCUCAGCUGAUUCGAUCAUGUUCGAGUAUCUUGACGGAGGAUGGAGAGAGCGUGGUAAAGGAGAAGUCAAGGUAAACGUCUCAAGCAACGGUGGUAAAGCAAGGCUGGUCAUGAGAGCUAAAGGGAACUACAGGUUGAUCUUAAACGCGAGUCUCUACCCUGAAAUGAAACUUGCAAGCAUGGACAAGAAAGGAAUCACAUUCGCCUGUGUGAAUAGUGAAGGCAGAGAUGGUCUCUCUACGUUUGCGCUCAAGUUCAAAGACCCAACGAUCGUGGAAGAGUUUCGUGUAGCUGUUGACAAACAUAAGGGUAGUAAACCAAUUGAAACAGCUGCUCUAUUGAAGACACCUGAGAACUCUCCUACAGCUACAGAUGCUUGAAGAAAGGUUAAGAAACAUGUAGAAACACUUCUCGUUACCUUUAUGUCUUUUGCUUUGUUACGUUCGGGUAGUUGAAUUUUGAGGCAGAGAAAAUUAGAGAUUUGAAGAAGGCUGUUGUUGUUGUUUCUUUUCUACAGUUGUUGAGACUUUGUGGGUUACCUUGUGAGACUUAUAUUUGCUUCUUAAUCUCUUUAUAUGAACCGUUUGUAUGCCUCCU